AUGUCGCAGGCAGCCCACUGGUCCAGCUCCACUGUGGGAAAUUCCGGCCGAUUCCAGAAUUGGCUUGAGAGAAGCGACAUCCUUGGCCCGCUCCAGACCGCAGCGCAGGACUUUGUGUCUCAGUUCAUCCGGCAGAAUGCCUCAACCUUGGUGGAGAAGAUCGGCAUUGAGGAGCACCAGGAGCUGGUGGAGCACAGCUCCGAAGAGAGGCUGAUCUACCGGCAAGCCUGCCACGACCAGGGUAUUUUUGAUGUUGCGGAAGGCUACACGCAGAUCUCCUUGCAGGCCCGCCAGGAGCUCCUCAAGAGGUGCGCACACUUCGACAUGGGAGAGGCCGACUCGGCCCACUCCGCGGUCCAGCAGCUGGGGGAGAGCAAGCGGAGUUGGCCUCUCCGGGUGGAGGCGCAGCUCUACCUGGAACUGGCUCGGGCCGCCAGCUUUGGGAGCUGGACGCAGGAGCUUCGAGCCGCCUUGCUUGCGAGACUGCCUUCACUCCACGCGGAGGCGAAGCGCGUGGUGGAGCCCCUGGUGUCCAUGACGGCCGAAGAGCUGCAGGGGAAGAUGCUCCGGGACAUCGACCAGUCGGGGAAGCAGUCCGAGGAAUCCGCGCCAGCCGCCCAGCUCGGGGAGCGCCUGUGCGUCACGCUGAUGACGGCCGACGGCUCCCUGCGCAUGCGGCCAGCGGUCUGUCUGGAGCAGCCCGUGCCGGAGUCUGAGUACUACAAAGACGAAGCCCAGCGCCACUUGGUCCUUCACUCCGUCGCCACGAAGGCCCGCCACGCCGAAGCGGAGGCGGCUCUGCAUGACCUGGCCGUCUGCCAAGAAGCCUGCCGAAGGGAUUCGAGGUCGAGGCAGGCGCGCUUGACGAAGGCUUUCUUGAAUGGCAUCCUCGAGCUCGUGAGCCUCCUGGACAGGGGCCAGCGCAGUGUCCAGUUCUAUGAGCAGCAGCUGCGCACACUGCAGCAGGGCUCAGAGAAAGAGCAGGGGUGCUCUGAGUGUUCCAUCUGCUUGGAUCCCAUGUCGGACUUAACCUGCACGGCGAUCCUCCCCUGCUCACACCUCUUCCACAUGCAGUGCGUCAGGGAGGCUCUGGCUCGGACCCCACACUGCCCAGAGUGCCGGGCACCCCUGCGGCUUUCAGAGAUCUCUUCGGUGGUGAUGGAGCUGAAGAGCCCGGAGCCUCUGCCACCGACCCCCCAGGCCCCCAUGACCAGAGCCUGGAAGCGGCACGGGUCGAAGCUGAACGCCGUGGCUGCCAAGUUGAAGCAGAUCCGUGAGCAAGACCCCACGGCCAAGGCCCUGGUCUUUGUGCAGUGGGCCGACCUCGAAGUUCGGGUGUGCCACGCUUUGGCGGACCACGACGUGCCCUUCCUCCACCUCUCCAACCUCCUCGACAGCGCGCGCCAGCGCCGGCAGCUGGAGCUCCAGGACGGCCAGGUGCUGCGCCGCUUCCAGGAGGCGCCCGUGGCGCUGGUGCCCUGGGGAGACCGAAGGCACAAGCAAGAGUGGGAGAAAAUAGGUUUCCGCUCGUUUCGCAUGGUAGCGGAGCUCCUGGUUCAGAAGCCAGUCGACCGGUCGGAGUCCAGGGACAGGGAACCGCAAGAGGCUCCUGUGCCUGGAGACUUGUCUGCAGAGGACGCGCUCAGACUACAAGCCAGGCCCAGCGAAGGCAGCAACCUUGGGUUUGGUGAGUGGUUAGACGAGGACGCCUGGGUUCCUGAAGAGUUACCUCCCACCAGUGACAGUGGACAGUGGGAGCGCUUGAGGGCCCAGUACCCAGGGCUGGCUACAAUCGCAGCGCAGAACCCUGGACGACAAGCUAGAAGGAGCUACUUGCAGAAGGUAGCUGGUCAGAGGGUGCAAGAAGGGCUUGGGCGGCUGGCAAGGACCAGCAGGCGCGGCACAGCAGCUUCCUCGGACGAGGCAGAGGCCAGCGAGGAGCGAGAAGAACCCAGCAGUGCUGCGCGGGUGAUACCGCCUACAGAGGCGGGACACACCGAGCCAGCAAGAAGCGGGGCUUCAGUGGUUACGCUCACACACCAGCCAACAUCGGUGUGGGACUCCGAAAGUGAAGGCGAGAUCAAGCAGGAGGUCAAGAAAGAGGAGCAGUCCGGAAACACCUCGGAUUGGGAAAGUGAAAGCUCAGAGGAGCACAGCACUGACCCGGAGGAUCCGAACGGUGUGCAGUCUGCCUUGAAGAAGGCCGACAGGGCACGUGAAAGGCGGGAACAAGCAAAGCGGCACAAGCAGCCGCCGCCGGAGCCAUCUGAGCCUCCGCGUGCCAAAGCCCGCCCAUCGGUGGGGCACUCGAGUGCGGGGGCCGCCUCGAGCUGGGACCUCGAAAGUCGGGCCUCCUCUGUGGGCUGGCGACGGCAGGUGACGCCGAGCUUUGACAACAGAGUCACAGAGGAGGACACAGAGAACGAAGAGAGGAGUGACGAGCCGUGGAGCCGCCAAGAUCGGGAGCGAGAUCGGCUUUGGAACGAGUGGUACAGAGCGAGAGGAACGGGAGGCUGGCACCAGUGGCAAGGCUCUUGGUACCAGUCCUCAGGAGCGGGUUGGCACUUAGCAAAUCCCUCGUUUCCGAGUGACAUUGCACAGUGGAGCACAGCGCUUCACCAGUGGGAAGCUGAACUUCGAGAGUUUGAGCGUACGUACAACGCAGCGUUUUCAGAAGAUGAGAAAGUGUCCAUUUUGGCUCAUAUUGCACCGAAAGAGUUGCAGCAAAGCAUCUUCAUGCACAGUGAUGUGUUGAACGGAUACGACAAGAUAAGAGAGUACAUCGAACAGUAUCUGAUCAACAGAAACCUGUGGAAAAGGCCUCAAGGUUCACAGUUCGGGAUGCCCAAAGCCUCAAACAAAACUGCUGAGCAUGAUGAUGGGGGAGUGAGGCCUAUGGACAUCGGCGGAGUAAAAGGAGACAAAGGCAAAGGGAAAGGAGAAUGGAAGAAAGGAAAGGACCACUGGGGCGACAAAGGAAAGGACAACUGGAGCAACAAAGGAAAGGACAAAUGGAAGGAGAAGUGGAACAACAACAGGUGGGACAACAAUGGCAAAGGGAAAGGUAAGGAUGGGAAGAAAGGCAAAACCGACAAGGGAAAAGGAGCAGGCAACAACAACAAAGGAGGCAAAGGAAAGCAAAACGAUGGGAAAGGAAAGAACAACAAUCCGCACGCUGGAAAGCAGUGCCAUAUAUGCCACAGGCAUGGUCACAUUGCUGCAGACUGCUGGUGGAAGGUUGGAGCAGUCGACAACGAGGCCUACACCGAGACCGGUGGGACGGGUGCAUCGACUGCCCCAGAAGACCGGAGUGGCAACGGUGCAGGGAUUGGUUCUGUGUUUGAAGGUUCGCAGCGUGUUGUCAAGUGGAGUGAUGAAGAUGUGAUAUUCACUGUGAGUGAGAGUUCCGUCGCAGCUGUGACUGCAAAACAGCUAGGCAACCGGUAUCUUCUCAUCGACUCAGGAGCCUGUGAGAGUGUAGCAAAAGUAGGAGACUUUGAAGCACAGGUGGAUGCCUCGAAAGCGAAGCCUUUGUUCAGCGUGCAAGGGACGCCGCUUAAGGUGUAUGGAAAGCAGUACCCUCAGGUCAUGUUCGGACAAACCAAAGGAGCAGUAGAAAUGACCGUAACGGAUGCUGCUGAGAGCCUAGUUUCGGUUCACAGCUUGGUAGCGAGAGGACACAAGGUGGUUUUCAGCCCAGGAGGGUGUUUCCUCGAGACCAGCGCGGGUGACACCGUACCACUUGAGCUUCAUGGGAAAAGGUGGUACUUGAAAGUGAUGGACGUGGGCGAAGGGAGCGCGCCUGCAGGAGGCAGGAGGGUCGCACCCAUUGCCGACAAGCCGGAUCUGGGUCGUCGAGAGGAAGACCGCUGGAAGAGAGAAGUGAAGGAUGGGGUGGAGUAUCUCAUUCGAGAGCACAACAGCCCAAGAAAGCGUUUGUUUGCGCCAAAGAUCAAGGAUCUCCCUGUGCCCUUGGAGAGACUGGAGAGUGGAAGGCUCACCAAGAUGAUCUUCGAGGAGGAUGGGUCCCAGAAGGAAGAUCGGAGUGCGUGGGAAGACAAGCGCUUUGCAAUGAGGGAUAUGAAGCAUGCUUGGCUGGGAGAAACCUGGUUCAGGCUGAAGCCAGAAAGAGAAGAAGCAGCUGCUGAGGAAGAGCAGCCAGACUAUGAAGGCGAAUGGAUGCAAGGACUAGACGAGGCAUAUGAAGAAGAGAUUGCGCAAGGAGAGGAAGCUCAUGGAGGAGUUGUGGAAGACGACGAAGACGCAGUGGAUCGGCUGAUGAUAGAUGAGGACAGAGAAAGAGAAGACCAGAGCAAGGUCAUCAAGGCGCCGAAGGAGCCGUCGGCUCAGGAGGUGGAAGAACACAACCUCCACCAUGCCAACUUCGAGAGUUGGUGCCCUGUUUGUGUGAUGGGGCAAGGUAAGAGCAAGCAGCACAGGAGGGUCAAGGAAGACCCCAAGGAGCAUGUGAUCUACUCCGACUACAUGUUCUUUUCUGGAGAAGGCAAGGAAGUGAACAAAGAAGAAGGAGAAAAGAAGCGGGCUGGUUUGGUAACCGUUCUCACUGCAAUUUGCAAAGAGAGCCAGUACCCUUUCGCGCUGGUGUUGCCAUCCAAAGCCAGCGUGGACUACGCAAGCAAGGCAAUGAUCAGCUGGAUCAAGGAUCUGAAGUGGGACAAGGUAGUGAUCCAUUUCGACCAAGAAAGCGCUCUGAACAAGAUAUAUGAAAGGGUGCAGAAGGAAAUGGGUGACACCGUUACUCUGCGGAGAUCACCGCGAUACAGUUCACAGUCCUUAGCAGAUGGAGAGAUGGUCAACGGUUUUCUGGCAGGCAAGAUUCGCACAUGGCUUGCGGAGGUGUCAGAGAAAUACAAAGUCAAGAUUGGCUGUGACAGUGUCUUGUUUCCAUGGAUUGUGCGACACAGUGCGUGGACGGUGGCCCGGUUUCACAUCAACCAUUCGAAGACAACGGCGUUCAGAGUCAUCAAUGGGUUUGACUAUGUGGGUGAGAUGAUGACUUUCGGACAGGUGUCCUUAGCAAAAUUUCCGAAGCAAAAGGACAAGGCAGCUCCAAGAUGGAUUCGCGGAGUGUAUGCCGGAAAGAAUGCUGCAGGCGAUGAGCACUUGGUGCUUACAGAGUCAGGGGUGCAGACAUGCCGCACCGUGAGGAGGUUACCAGAAAGUGCAAGAUAUGAAGCGGCGAUACUCAACAAGGCAAAGGGAGUGCCUUGGAACAGGUACUUGGGCAUUGCAACGAGCAAGGUAGUGCAAGAACGGUCUGAGAGCAAGGGUGUAGCAGUUCCGGAGUUGGAGCCUGCAGAGACCUACGACUUCAAGCCAGAGACGAUAGUGGUGCCAAUGCCGGCGCCAAGAGCAGCAGACGAUGCAGGAAAGGAAAGUGAGAAAGCUGCAUUGCAAGAGCCAGAGAGCAAGAGAGCCAGGGUGGAGCCUGCGCAGGCCAGUCGGCCGCCGGGUGACACCGGGAAUGCUGCAGCUAGCACGCAGCAGUUCAACAUCGCUACGCCUGAUGCCAGCAUGGGCACAGACAGUCUCGACACGAGCAUGUAUGUGCCAAGCGUGCCGGGAGAUGUAGCGCAGAACAUGGUGGACAGUGUUAGUAACCAUGGGACCUGGCUGGAGGGUAGUGCUCUCCUACCAAAAGAAGAUGUGGGUGUGUACAAGAAGUGGCUGAAGCAAAACAAAGAUUGCUUCAACGAGACAAUGGUGAGCAACAUCAUGGACUACCUGGACACGUUGCAGAUUGACGAGAAAGAGUUGAGGAGAGCGAGAAAGGAAGAGCUGAGAAAGCUAAAUGAGGUGUACGGUGCCUUCACACCGAGAGAUGGGAGACAGAUAACAAAGGACCUGACGGUGUUCGGCCACAAGUGGGUUGACAAGGUCACUGAAGGAGUGGCAAAGUCACGACUCACAUGCCAGGACUUCAAGAAGAAGCAAGAAGCAAAUGAGAAGCACAACUCAGAGUACCCUUCAAAUUUCUGUCCAACGCCACACGCCACCUCGAGGAAGUUGUUGGAGGUUUACUCGCUGACGACAAAGAUGCCGAGAGUCAAGGCCGACCUUAGCUCAGCUUUCCUCAUUGCGAAAGAUGGUGGAGAUGCAAAAGGACAACCAGUGAUGAUGAAGCCGCCAAAGGAAUGGCUGGAGGAAUACGAUGAGUGGUACGCAAAAGCAAGCCCAGAAAUGCAAGAGCAGAUGAAGAACGUGCCGAAAGAAAGCGUGCUAUGGCAGGUCGAUGGAAAUCUGUAUGGAAGGCAGUCAGCGGCAGCGCAGUACAGAGAUCGUCUGGAAACCAUUUUGACCAAGGAACUCCCGAAGGGAGUGUAUCAGUUUCACAGGGGGACACUAGACGCAUGUGUCUUUCGAUGCGUGCGAACAGGGAUCGUUUUGAUCCACCACAUAGACGAUUUCGACGUUUGUGGACCGGCAGAGUUGCUGGAUGACCUGCUGAAAGUUCAGCUGCCGAAGUGCGGAUGCAAGCUAAAAGUGGGUGAGCUUGAAUGGCCAGGCGCAGCAAGCAGUAGCACGAGUGAAUUUCUUGGCAGAAAGAAGAUCCUGGUGGAGGGAGCUGUGGUUACGAUGCCGAACGAAAAGCAUACCACUGACAUCCUUAGGAUGCUAGGACUAGAGGCCGCCAAGCCAAGCCCCGUGCCGGGAAAGAAGCUCAACCUAAAGGAUGACAAGCUUCUGGAGGGCAGAGCCAAAGAAAUCUACGCUAGCUGUGUAGGCAGUGCUACCUACCUGUCGCAGGAUCGACCCGACAUCAAAUUCGCAUGCAAGGAGCUUGCAAAGCGGAUUAGGAAUCCCAGGGAAUGUGACAUGCAAAACCUCAAGACGUUAGGUAGAUAUCUCAGGGGAACCAUGCACGUGGGACAUGUGACAAAGAUGAGUGAAGACUUCGAACCAGCUGCAGGGAUUCCGCUGCAGGGGUAUUGCGACAGUGACUGGGCAGGUGACAGAGAAGACCGCAAGAGCACCAGUGGGCAGGCAAUAGUCCUAGGAGGGACCGUGGUUGAAACUUCUGCUCGGAGUCAGCAAGGAACUCCUGCGACCAGCUCAGGAGAGGCAGAAGUCAGAGCCCUAACUCAGUGCGCCCAGGACCUAGUUUUCGUGCGGAACUUAGGUGUGGAAGACUUUGGCAUGACGAUCGAUGUGCCAAGACUGUUUUGUGACAGUAGUGCAGCCAUCCAAGUUGCACGGAGAUUGGGUGUUGGGAAAAUGCGACAUGUUGAUCUGGGACAUUUCUACAUUCAAGAGCUUGUGAAAGAGAAAAGAGUGAUCGUGCAGAAAAUCAAAGGAACGGAAAACCCAUCGAAUGCUUUGACGAAGCACUUAACAACCGGAAAGGAGAUGGAAGAAGCACGCGAAAUGCUCGGGUUGGUUACCUUGGACAAGCAAGGACUUGACAAGCACGUUACAAAGAACAGCAUGCAAACCAUCGGAGCAGUCAACAUUUGGAAAAAGUGGCAGCCGCAGCAGUGCUCAAAGCUGAACAUAAAGCAAUUUGUGUUCAUCUACAUGGGUGAAAAGUGCCCAGAUGCAAAGCUCUAUGUGAGUAUCACCGUUUGCAAGUAUUGCUUUAAAGGCAAGAUUGAGCACAAGCAAGAGUGGGAGAAAAUAGGUUUCCGCUCGUUUCGCAAGAAUUCCUACUUUGUGCUCUCCCUGCAGCGUGCGGCCUCGGGCACGAACCUCACGGCCGCCAGCCACGUCCUCUUCGUCCACCCGAUGAAUGCCGAAACCGUGGAGACAGCCACGGCCUACGAGCGCCAGGCCCUGGGCCGUGUAAGGCGGAUCGGCCAGUCGAAACAGAGCGUCUCCGUUUGGCGCUUCGUCACGAAGAACACGGUAGAGGAGCACAUUUACAAGCUCCACACAGAGGCCUCCCGGGCGUCGGCGAUGGCCCCUCAAUCAUCCUCGGUGAGCAGUUGA